AUGCACUCCACUUCCAGUAUGCUGGGAGCGGUGAAAAUGGAAGGCCAUGAGCACACGGACUGGAGCAACUACUACGGGGAGCCCGAGAGCUACUCCUCGGUGAGCAACAUGAACGCGGGGCUGGGCAUGAACAGCAUGAACACGUACAUGACCAUGUCGGCCAUGAGCACCACGGCCAACAUGACGGCUGCCACCUCCAUGAACAUGUCCUACGCCAACACGGGCAUGAGCCCCUCGCUCACCGGCAUGUCCCCGGGCGCGGGGACCAUGCCCGGCAUGGGCUCGGCCGGCGUGGCGGGGAUGGGCGCCCACCUGAGCCCCAGCAUGAGCCCCAUGGGGGGCCAAGCGGGCUCCAUGAACGCCCUGGCCCCCUACACCAACAUGAACUCCAUGAGCCCCAUCUACGGGCAAUCCAACCUCAACCGCUCCCGGGACCCCAAGACCUACCGGCGGAGCUACACGCACGCCAAACCGCCCUACUCCUACAUCUCCCUCAUCACCAUGGCCAUCCAGCAGUCGCCCAACAAGAUGCUGACGCUGAGCGAGAUCUACCAGUGGAUCAUGGACCUCUUCCCCUUCUACCGCCAGAACCAGCAGCGCUGGCAGAACAGCAUCCGCCACUCGCUCUCCUUCAACGACUGCUUCCUCAAGGUGCCCCGCUCCCCGGACAAGCCGGGCAAAGGCUCCUUCUGGACGCUGCACCCCGAUUCGGGCAACAUGUUUGAGAACGGCUGCUACCUGCGCCGCCAGAAGCGCUUCAAGUGCGAGAAGCAGCUGGCCGCCAAGGACAGCGGCGGGGCGGGCGGCGGGGCGGGCGGCGGGGGCAAGAAGGGGCCCGGGCAACCCCCCAGCCAACCCUUGGGGGAAGGCAGCUCCUCGGGGGGUUCCGAGGGCUCGGCCGGCGCCGAGUCCCCGGCCAGUGCCUCGCCGUGCCAGGACCACAAGCGCGCCCUGGCCGACCUGAAGGGCACGCCGGGGCUGAGCCCUGGGGAACCAGCGGCCUCGCCGGCCCAGCACCUCCUGGCCCCCCCGCACGCCGGCCUGCCCCACGACGCCCACCUCAAGCCCGAGCACCACUACGCCUUCAACCACCCCUUCUCCAUCAACAACCUGAUGUCCUCCUCCGAGCAGCAGCACCACCAUCCCCACCACCACCACCACCACCACCACAAAAUGGACCUGAAGGCCUACGAGCAGGUGAUGCACUACUCGGGCUACGCCUCGCCCAUGCCCGGCAGCCUGGCCAUGGGGCCCGUAACGAACAAAAACGGCUUAGAGUCCUCCCCUUUAGCCGGAGAGACUUCUUACUACCAAGGUGUGUAUUCCCGGCCCAUCAUGAACUCCUCCUAA